AUGGCGCUCCUGGUGGAUAAACUCCGUCCCCGCUCCCUCGACGCGCUCACAUAUCACAAAGACCUUUCAGACCGGCUGGCAUCUCUGGCCGCAUCCGCCGAUUUCCCCCAUCUCCUAUUCUACGGCCCCAGCGGCGCCGGCAAAAAGACACGCAUCCUCGCGACCCUGCGCGCCCUCUACGGCAGCGGCGUGGAAAAGAUCAAGAUCGACGCACGAGUAUUCACGACCUCAUCUAACCGCAAACUCGAAUUCAACAUCGUGUCCUCCGUCUACCACUUGGAAAUCACGCCCAGCGACGUCGGCAGCUAUGACCGGGUGGUGAUCCAAGAACUGCUCAAGGAAGUAGCACAAACACAACAAGUCGAUUUAUCCGCAAAACAACGGUUCAAAGUCGUAGUGAUCAACGAAGCCGACGGCCUCAGUCGAGACGCACAGGCGGCCCUACGACGAACAAUGGAGAAAUACAGCGCCAACGUACGCCUGAUUUUGGUCGCCAACAGCACAGCGGGAAUCAUUGCACCCAUCCGCAGUCGAACACUGCUAGUGCGUGUGGCGGCUCCCACAGAGACUGAGAUCUGUGAUGUCCUCGCCAAAGCGGCGAAAAAGGAAAAUUGGAAAGUCAUUCCGGCUCUCAAUGAGAGGAUUGCGAAAGAGUCAAAUCGGAAUUUACGGAAGGCGUUGCUCAUGUUUGAGGCUGUCUAUGCCCAGAACCCGGAACCGAAUGAAAAGACACCGAUUAGCCCGCCGGAUUGGGAGAUACUCGUUGAGCAGAUUGCAAGGGAUAUUGUGCGUGAACGGACCCCGGCGAUGAUUCUGGCGACGAGGGCGAAAUUGUAUGAUUUGCUUACGCAUUGUAUUCCGGCGAGUAUGGUGCUCAAGACGCUCUGUUUUAAAUUGUGCAAUCUGCCGGAGGUGGAUGAUUCGCUGAAACCAGAGGUCGUGAGGUGGGCCAGUUUCUAUGAACAUCGUGUCAGGUUGGGGAGUAAGGUUAUUUUUCAUCUCGAGGCUUUUGUGGCAAAGUUUAUGAGGGUGUUUGAGGGGUAUUUGGUCGGAAUGGAUUUUUGA